CAUUUUCCUUUCCCGUAUGGAGGCUUUUCAACCUAGAUUUACCAACCAAUUGAAUUCGAGGACCUGGGAGGGAACUGACCAAUUACAUUGGCUGCCGUAACACGCGUCCAAUGAAAACCCGACGUCGGGUCUUUUAAACGGUGUUUCAGGAAGUGUCGUUAAACACCAGGAAGUUGUAAACAAGGCUGACAGCUACUGAGUUAGCUGAUAAUUAAGGUUGCAUGGAUUCCGAAGUAGCCCAUUAAAAAAGGCGACAUUGGUUAUUUUUACGUAAAAAAGCGUACCGGGUUUCAUGCAGCGAUCUUUUUGCGGUUCUUUCGUGGAUCUGCUCCUCUGAGGUGCCGUUACCUGUCUUCCGUUUGAGCGCUGCGGGAAAGAGGGGAAAAAAAGCUAACGUUUUUGUGUUUUUUUUUUUUAUUUAUUUAUUGCACAAGGACGUUAGAGCAGCUGUCGUUGCGCCAUCGAAGAUAAACAUCAAUCGUCUACCAUUUACCCGAUCUAAACUAGUUCACCGCCUAUAGCGCCGUCGUGAACGCCGACAGCGAUUUCUUAGUUUUGUUUUGUUUGUUUUGUUAGCUAAACAACGAUGUCCACAUCCAACGCCAGCUUUAAGAACAAGUGUGUUGCCCAGGUGAACUGCAUCUUCUGUGACAGUCUGCUCUGCACCAGGGGGAUGAAGGCUGUGCUUCUCGCAGACACCGAAGUGGAGCUCUUUUCCACGGAUAUACCUCCAAACAGAACUGUUGACUUUGUGGCCAGCUGCUACUCCACCGAGAGCUGCAAAUGCAAACUGAGAGACAUCGCCUGUCUUAAAUGUGGCAACGUUGUGGGGUAUCAUGUGGUCGCCCCCUGCAAACCCUGCCUGCUGUCAUGUAACAACGGCCACUUCUGGAUGUUCAACAGCGACGCUGUGUCCACUCUCAACAGACUUGAUGCUACGGGUCUGAAUCUGCUCCUGUGGGGAGAUCUUCCAGAGCUAGAUGACAGUGAAAACGAAGAAUCAGAAAGUCCGUCAGAGGAGGACUGCAUUAGGUAGAGUGGAACAUGGACAAUGUACGCGGAACCUGGUGGAGGACGUUCAUUUUUGGGGGAGGAGGAGGAGGAGCUAGAAGAGUGUACAGACCAUGCUGGGAGGAGAACGAAAAGAGGAGCCUUAAAGGGUAAUUGAACACCGAAUCACGUAAGGCCGAUAAGCUCCGCUGUAAUCCCCUGCGUGGGCUGCGCCUGCAGCCUCUAACCGUUGCUCAAACAGCGAUGCGGCAGCAGGUGUUUCGGCGGAGAACACCUGCUGUGACAUCACGAGAACGGGUUUGGCUGCGACGCACACUUGUGCCUCCGUUUUUUUUUGCGUUUAAUUACCCUUUAAGUGCGCGGCCAUGCCUUUCUCUCACUUUACACCGUGAAAGCACAGAUUGGGGGGACGACAACAAAACAUGUAGCUGAGGAAAUCCGAGGACAUUGUUGACUCUUAUGACAUCUAUAUUUGGGAUCAACUUUGACUAAAGAAGCAAUAUAAGUUGGCUGGGGAUGCUAGUCGCUGUUUAUUUUAAUUUGGACUUCAUGAAAGGAUGGUCACAGCUCACCCAGUUAUAAUCUGUACACUUAUUAUGCUGUGAUUGAGAGUUGUGUCUUAAAGGCCUAUACGUGUUCUCGCUGUGUGGCUUGGUGCUGAAUGAAACCUCGAGUGCUUUUUGAAUCUCACAUAUUACAGAAAUGGCACAAAUAUUAAUUGAAGUACGCAUUAUUGUUUUUUUUUUUUCCUUUUUAAGGGCACAUAGUAUUUAAGGUACUGUACAAUUUCAUAUUGUAUACAAGUGAAAGCUGUUGCCAUGCAUAGGUCUUGUUUGUACACUUGUGAUGUCAGUGUAUUUAAAAUGUAACUCCAAGGUAAAUCUGACUGUUUACCUUAUUAACGUACUAAUGGAGGAAUAUGAGAUUCAGCUAAAAAAUUGACUUAAUAUCUGCGUUGUGACAUGAACUGAUAUGAUCUAUAAAAAUCUAUAUUGAAUGAAAAGGGAGAAAAAAAAAAUGGCUGAAAACAUGAGCUUCAAGAGGACGCCGGGAGCCAUGCUUGGUUUAUGUUCAUGCAACGUCGUUACCUGCAGCACCUGAGGAGGAAGUGACAACUCAGGCCAGGGGUCAUUUUAAAUAAUCAAAGAUUGUUAAAAGUAUUUGCCUUGAUGGGCCUUUUUUAUUGGGUCUUCUCAUAAAAAAAGAAAACUUCAACAGUUAGAAAAAAUGUUAGUGUUGAAACCUCUUUAUAUUGUGUUUGCUGAAGAUGAAGCGCAAUUUGUUACAGAAAGAACCAGCUGGUCAGAGUUCAAAUUCAAAGGUGCUCUGAUUCAACUCGCCCCGUCGCCAAUUCGUGCCUCCAUGUGGUCCAUUCCUACUUCUUUAUACCCGUAAACAAAACAUUUCAUACCUAUAAACAUUAUGCAUUAGUUUAAUUCCAUUUGGUAAUUUUAUGUAGAUGGUCACAACAAGACACAAAUCCCACAUUUAGUUUACGUGAAUUGUAUAUUAUUUAUUGGAGACAUUAAAUUACACCCAUUUUUCCACUGAUUGCGGUUCUGAUCUCAUUAACAUGACAGAUUAUGGCCGCCCCAAUCAAAUCUGAAUAAAUUGAACUUGGCCAACGCUCAUGUGCUAUAGUUGGUCAUCAGUUGUGAAAACGUGUACAGUGUUUCCCCCAGCAGGUAUGAAGUGAUGCUCGGUUGGUAUUAAAGGCGAAAGGGCGACGCGACCAGUAGCCAACUCAAAGCACUUGGUUUUUAUUUUCUGUCUCGCAAACCUUUCUGUGCCCGGGUCUUACUAAGAUUCUCUCUUAAAGUGACAGUGGUUCUAUUUGAUAUUUCAUUUCCAUUCAUAGAACCAAGUUUACAUACGUAAACUAAUGUUCUCCAAGUGGAUGAAAUUUGCUUGUGGUGUUGGCAAUCGCUGUUGAGGAACCGAACAUUGAAUGUUACAAUGUUAUUUUCCCCUUUUUUUUUUUUUUUUUAUUAAGCUGAAGGCUGAGGAUACAUGAGAUGGCUUUUUGCCAAGUCACUGGAGCCCCCAAGUUGAUCUAUGCUGCAGCUUUUAACUCCAGAAAAAAAAAUCAUAGAAGACGAAAUGUUUUACUUUUUUUUUAUUUUAUUUUUUUAUUAUAGAAACUAACAGUCUGUAACCUUCAGACCAAAAUCUGUCUGUGUGUAUGAAAUGGUGCAUUAGCUUGAUAUUUAUGAAAUACAAAAACCAAAAGUACUGUUUUUUUUCUUCUUCUUUUGUUUAACUAAUGCUUUUGAUUUGUAUUGUGCUAAUAUUUCUGUUUGUAUAUUUAAUGUGUCGAUCUGUAGUGCUUUGUUUUGUACAUUAAGGAUUGGAUGUGUACAGUUUUACCUCAAGAUGGUAUGAUGUGUGGAUUUCCUCUGGCUAGGAUCAUUGUUAAAAGAUAAUCAAGUUAUUUAAAAGCCUGUUUCUGAUGGUUGAUUAACAGGCCCAAAUAGAAAUAUAUACAUAUAUAUUUUGGAGUUGCACUAAAACUGCGCUGGUAGUUUAAAAAGGAUUUGUUGUUUUGUAUGCUUGUUAAGUUAAUAAACAUUUUUUUUUUUUUUCAAUUA